AUGGCGGGCGGGGUCAAGAAGCCAAUCAACAUCUUCAAGCUCGGGAACACGGGCGAGCCGAAGGAGAUCUUCAACUGGAGACUCUGGUUUGCCGCUCUAUCCUUCUCCCUGUUGGGCGCCGCCCGCGGUAUCGACGAGGGCCUCAUCAGCGGGGCGUUCAACAGCAAACACUUCCAGAAUAGCAUCCACUACAGCUCGUACUCGACGGUCGAGCAGGCCAACAUCAAGGCAAAUGUGUCGGCCAUGGUGCAGAUUGGCUCUGUGGGCGGGGCUCUGAUUGCGUUCCUGCUUUGCGAUAGAAUCGGGCGCAUAUGGGCGACCCGCCAACUCUGCGUUCUGUGGAUUGUUGGCAUCGCCAUCUUCCUGGUGUCCAACGGCAACCUCGGCGCCAUCUACGCGGGCAGAUUCAUUGCCGGCCUCGGCGUGGGCCAGACACCCGUUGUGGGACCGGUCUACAUUGCAGAGAUCUCGCCGGCCAGCAUCCGGGGCCUGUGCACGUGUAUCUUCACCGGCUUCGUCUAUCUCGGCAUCGUACUGGCCUACUUCACGAAUUAUGGCUGCCAGGUCAACAUGGGCGAGACCACGGCGACUCGGUGGCAGGUGCCGACCAGCCUGCACAUCAUCUUCGCCGGCCUGAUCUUUAUCCUCACCUUCUUCCAGUACGAGUCGCCGCGGUACCUGAUCAUGAAGGGCAAGCACGAACAGGCGCUCAAGACCAUGUCCGGCCUGCGGCGGCUGCCGCCGGACCACGAGUACGUCGUGGGCGAGAUCAACGCCAUCACGGCCGCCCACCGCGAGGAAGUCGAGAUGGAGAACACCGGCUGGCUCAGCAUCAUCCGGGAGAUCUGCACCAGCCCUAGCAACGUGUACCGCGUCUCGCUGACCAUCAUGGCGCAGAUCCUCUCGCAAUGGUCGGGCGCCGGGUCCAUCACGCUCUACGCGCCGGAUCUGUUCCACCUGCUCGGCAUCUCCGACACCAACACCAACCUGCUCGUGACCGCCAUCUUCGGCAUCGUCAAGCUCGUCGCGGCCAUCGUCUGCGCCCUCUUCCUGGUCGACGUCAUCGGCCGCAAGCGCGCGCUGCUGCUCGGCAUCACCUUCCAGGCCGUGUCGAUGAUCUACGUCGCGGGCUUCCUGACGGCAGUGCCGGAGCUGGAAAACCACAAGACCGACCCGCACGUCAUGACGGGCGCCCAGCUGGCGGCGUCCAAGGGCGCCGUAGCCAUGAUCUACAUCUCCGGCUUCGGCUGGGCGCUCGGGUGGAACAGCAUGCAGUACCUCCUCACGGCCGAGCUGUUCCCCCUGCGGAUCCGGGCCUUUUGCACGUCCCUGGCCAUGACGUUCCACUUUGCGAACCAGUACGGCAACUCGAGAGCCGUGCCGAACCUGCUGCUGCCUGUUGCCGACGGCGGCAUCUCCCCGCUGGGCACCUUCUGGUUCUUCGCGGCCGUGACGAUCUUGGGUGGCCUGUGGGUGUGGUUCGUCGUGCCGGAGACUGCGGGGAGGAGCUUGGAAAGCAUGGAUCGUCUGUUCAGUCUGCCUUGGUAUAAGAUCGGCAGGUAUGCCAACCGCUUCGUUGAGGCCGAGGACGAGAGACGGGCGGCAAGCGACGAAAAGGCGCAGGGGCUGUCGGAGGAAGUUGAGGCGGCAGUACCGAACAUUGGAAUUGCUGAUGGUUAG